CGCGAAUGGCGACGCGACACGUCAGUGCUGCCCGGCCUGACGCAUCGAUCCUUCAGCCCAGGCGCUUGCAAUCGAGCUGCCGAGCGCGGACUGGUUUGCAGAGUGAGCGAGUUGAGUGAGUAGGUCUGCAAGUGGCGGGUUGAGAUUGCCGGCCCUACCGGCACACAAGAGGAAGCACCAUACAAAGAGUGAGAGAAAAAAGUGGACAUUUUGCAAGACGCAGAGGGAACAUGUCUGGAUGGUGUGCACAUCAGCAGGGCAACCUCACGAGUGCCUCGGCCAUGCUGCUCCGGUUGCUCCUGCUGCUCUGUUUCAUGGCACUGGUCAUAGGGGAUGACGACUACUACCAGAGGCUGGACGUUGCACGUGAUGCCAGCAGCAGGGACAUCCGCAAGGCCUUUAAGAAGCUGGCACUUACCAUGCAUCCUGACAAAAACCUGGAUGAUCCCGAUGCUCAUGAAAAAUUCCUCAAGAUCAACCGGGCAUACGAGGUAUUGAAGGACGAAGAGCUGAGGAAGAAAUACGACAAAUAUGGCGAGAAGGGUUUGGAUGAUCAACAGCAGGGUGGCCGCUACGAGAGCUGGAACUUUUAUCGCUAUGACUUUGGAAUUUAUGAUGACGAUGCAGAAGUUCUGACACUUGACAGAGGAGAAUUUGAUGCUGCAGUGUCUUCAGGGGAAUUAUUUUUUGUAAACUUCUACUCACCACGCUGCUCUCAUUGCCAUGAGCUGGCUCCUAUGUGGCGAGAAUUUGCCAAGGAGAUGGAUGGUGUGAUCCGAGUGGCGGCGGUGAAUUGUGGUGAUAACCGCAUGAUGUGCCGCUCCAAGGGAAUCGGAAGCUAUCCCAGCCUGUACGUCUAUCGGGCUGGAAUGCAACCAGUGAAGUACUCGGGAGACAGGUCUAAAGAUGACCUGGUCAGAUUUGUCAUGAAGUACGUAACCAGUAAAGUAACGGAGCUCUGGGCUGGUAAUUUUGUUAAUGCUUUCGAACAGGCUCGAUCUACAGAGACAGGCUGGCUCCUUUCCUACUGCUCGGACAUCGGAGAUUGCUUAUCUCAGCACACCAGACGUAAGCUCGCUGGAAUGUUGGAUGGAAUGGCAAAUGUUGGCUGGGUGGACUGCAGCACCCAGAAACACAUUUGCUCGCAGAUGAACAUAGAGGAGAGCAAGACGAUAUUCUACCCACCAGGCGAAAGCCCUAUUAAGUCUGGUGAAAAUGAUGCUGACCAUUCUCUGGUUCUGACGAGUCUUGAUGCCAAGGAGAUUUAUAUAUCUGUGAUGCAAGCCCUCCCUGCUCUGAAGAAGCUUACUGGCGCCGACAUGAAGAUCCUGCAAAGUCCUUGGCUCAUUUUCAUCGUCUUUGGAGACAAAGGAGAGGCAGGAGAUUACGAGUUCAAGAAACUAAAUACACUGCUCAAAUCUAAAAAUAUAAAGGUUGGAACACUCGAUUGCAAUCCAUUCCCUUACAUUUGUGACCAACUGUACAUCAACAGCCGGGCAGUUGUUGUAUUUAAAGGAAAAGGUCUCGAUGAAUAUGAAAUACACCAUGGUAAAACUACACUGUAUGAGCUCGUAUCCUUUGCGAAGGAGAGUGUCAACUCGUUGGUACACACACUCAGCCCAGAGACCUUCCCGGAGAAAGACAAGGAACCCUGGCUGAUCGACUUUUUUGCGCCCUGGUGCCCUCCAUGCAGAGCCCUCCUGCCAGAGUUGAGGAAGGCCUCCCGACUGUUGACAGGACAGCUCAAGUUUGGAACUAUCGACUGCACCAUUCACAGCAAGAUCUGUAACCUGCACGGGAUCCAUGCGUACCCGACAACACUGAUAUUUAAUCAGAGCAACAUCCAUGAGUACAAUGGACAGCACAGUGCUGAACAGUUGAUGGAAUACGUACAGGAUCUGAUGAGCCCAUCAGUGGUCAUACUGACCCCAGAGACGUAUGCUUCCCUGGUGAAGCAGAGAAAGAGAGAUGAAGUUUGGAUGGUCGACUUCUACGCUCCCUGGUGUGGGCCCUGUCAAGCCCUCCUUCCAGAGUGGAAGCGGAUGGCUCGGAUGCUGUCAGGUAUGGUGCAAGUGGGAAGCGUGGACUGCCAGAAGCACCAUGCCCUGUGUCAAAGUGAAAUGGUUCACGCCUAUCCUGAAAUCCGACUCUUCCCCAUGAAUCCAGCUAGCUCUGACAAAUACUUCAAGUACAGUGGCUGGCACAGAGAUGCCAACUCUUUGAAGGGAUGGGCUUUUGGAUACCUGCCUCAAACAGCAGAAGAUCUCACCCCCCAGAAAUUCAACUCGGAGGUGCUAGAAGGGAUGGAGCAUUGGCUGGUCGAUUUCUAUACUCCAUGGUGUGGCCACUGCCAAAUAUUUGCUCCUGAGUUUGAAAUCGCAGCAAGGCUGCUGAAAGGUAAAUUAAGAACUGGAAAGGUGAACUGUCAAAAUGACCCACAUGUUUGCCAGAGCGCUGGUGUCCAUGGCUAUCCCACAGUCAUGUUCUACCAGUAUCAGGGGCGAAGCAAGAGGAGUACAGGAGGGGAGGAGAUAAACAGUAGAAAUGGAAAAGACAUAGCCGAGACCCUUCUAAGGCGGGUGGGAGACGUACCCCUACAUGAAAGCACCAAAAAGGAUGAACUGUGACCUCAUGGGGUGUGUCCACCAUCAUGUGCAAUCUUGAAAGUUGUUUGAGAUCAUUAUUGGGUUCAGAUGUCUUUUUCUAACAUGAAAAUUAUUCACCGCAGCACAUUUGUAAAUACGAGAGCAUUUCGAAACCAACAGUGGAAACAUCAUAUGCGUUGAUUCACCUAUUUUGGCAGCAGUAAAAAAAUGUGAAUACCAAUUGUAUAUUGCUGGUUGUCAUUUUUGUUAUGGCAAGUAUUAAACACCUUCUAUAAACGAAACAGACGCAUAUGCAAAGAGCGAAAUGCCUCUUGAUAAUAUUUUUCUCAUCAUCUUCCUUUGCACAAAGAAUUUUGAAAGUGAUGUAAAAAAUUUGUAACACUCCAAGGACCUUAAGAUUUAGAUAACAUUUUACAAUUCGGAUAUUAAAGCUAUGUAUUAAACAGUAUGUGAUAUUGAACAUGCUGCAAUUUUACUGUGUGUAAGGUUAAUGCCAGCCAGACUGCAAACAGGAUUCAGAAUAAAUUUCUGAUCCUCCAAACAAACCAUAAACUGGUAUCUCAUUUAUUCUAGAUUUGAAGCUUUCGUGACUGCAGGGAUUCAUAUUUUUAGAUUUUUUUCGGUAAAGUCACGUAGGUAAAAAAUUAAAAUCAAAAUAAAACGUAUCAGCUAUCGUGCUGUGACGGUUCCACCUGAAGACGGAAGCUUGUGUUGCCUCCGAAACGUCGUGAUUUUUAUUUAAUUUGAAUUUUUUACCUACGUGACUUUACCGAAAAAGCCUAAGAAUAUAGUAUCUCGUUUACCAUUAGCCAAUCAAUCCACUGCUGGAUGAAGGCCUCCCUUAGUCGCCGCCAUCCUCCAUGGUCCCGCGAUGCAACAGUUCACCCAGCACCUGCACACAAGCCAUCACUCAAUCUCUGUGGUAGAUGUCCUCUUGGGCAGAUUUUCCUUCUUUGGCUGCCACCUCAAAAGUAAUUCUCACCCACCGGGCAUCAUCCCAUCUAACAACGUGUCCUGCCCAAGCUCACUGUUUUUGGCGGUCAACAUGUUCUUUAAACUGCAUUCUCUAUUCCACAUGUCCCUCUUUUCUGCGUCUCAGUGUAAUCCCAAAGAUGCGUCUUGCCAUGCUUCUUUAUGGACGUUUCAACCCUUGUUCCAUCCUGUCCAUCAGUGCCCAUGAUUCUGGUCCAUGUCAGAGCAGGUAAAUAUGCACUGGUUGAAAACUUUCCUCGUGCACAUUGGUCUGUUUCUUUUUUAUUAUCAAAUUGUGCUUUCCAACGGGGCUUCAAUCCACUUCCAUCCGCCUUUUUUGUUAUUUCAUCCUGAUCUCAAGUCCCCCUUCGAUUCCUGUCCAAGGUAUACAUAUUCUACAUUAUUUUUCAGUUGCUUCCCUCCAACAGAGAUCUCUAAUUUGUUUUUAGCAAACUGGUUUAGUGAACUCAAUCAUCUUAGCUUUGCUGUUGACAGUCAUUACCACUUCCAUUGAGAGUGAACUGCGGGGAAUGGUAAAAUAACUUAAUGAAGACGGCUGCAAAGUUGGACUUGGGAUUAUUAUUGCUCCUUUAUGAAUAUGUUGCUUCCCAGCCUCCUGAAUUGCGCACACAUUACUCUAAUACUCUUGCAUUUUGGCUUCAGAUAUUGAUAUUCAAUACUGAAUAUUCUAGUAUUUUUCGUUUAUUGAGCUUGCUUUUAUUUUGAAGGAAAAAAAAAGGCUCCACAUUGACACCUCACAAUGCCAGAAUAUAUGUGCAGUGUGUUUUUUAAUGUCACUGUAUUCUAUGCAUGGGAGUUCAUGCUUCACAAGCAAUAUUGGUGGCUGGGUUUAACAUAUCCUUGCCUUGAAAUAUGGCCAUUUUUAUCUCUGCAAUUAAGAUGUGCAAAAAAACCUAAGCUGAGAUUGUCUUCAUUAAUUUUUUUCCCGCAUUUUUUUUGUAACUGGUGUUUGUUUUGGUGGACUUAUUCUUUGCUAGACUUUGGUUUUGGAUACAUGUAUAUACAUUGCAUUUCAAUAAAUGGUGGGUUUUA